AAAGCCGUCCGUGCAAAUCAAAACUAACAGGAGAUAAUGAAAUGGUAACCGAAAAACGAGAGGAAAGCCAAAACAAAAGCCUUCUCCGACAUGCGUCAGCUUUUCCCAUGGUCCUAGUUUCUCUUCUGGAUCUCAAUCCGACCACAACGAUGGGUUUUGCAACCUCUGGCCUCAACUUCAUCCCGAUCGAUGCCUAUCCAGUUACCCUUGACAAUCAACCUUAGCCAAAUCCAAUUUCUAUCUACUCGGUUCGUAAAAUGUGUCAAACUAUAGAAUAGGGAUGGCAGUAGCAGAAGCACGAGCUGCAUGGCAGAGAGCAGCUAAUCGGUGCCUUGUCCAAGAAGAUGCCAAAAGAGCUCCAAAGUUAGCUUGCUGCCAGUCAGCAUCAUCAACAUCCAAGCAAGUUGACAAUGGACCUACCAAUAAAGUGGAUGAACAAGAUCAUCCUGCCUCAGGUUUUAUGCCUAGGAAUCCUUCGUUUUCCAAACUACCCGAGAACACAAGAUGGUGGCUCCAAUUGCAGCCAAGCAAUGGGUACCUAAAGGGUUUAACACAUGAACAAUCGAAUGUAUUGGAGGCCGAAGUGGAAACCUCAAGAGUUGGCACUGCAAAUUCUACAACUAAGUUUGAUGAGCUCCACCCUGAAAAAGGAGAUACCAUUCAUGUUUAUGAUGGUAAGAACUUUGAGUCUUCUCUUGAUAAGCAAUAUGGUCUCUCUGCGGUGUAUAUGAAUAAGGCCCAUGAAGUCAGAAAGCUAGAGGUAAAGGCUCCAUGUAGUAUGAAUGCCGAGGAGUAUCUUGAACUAAUGGAUGGGAGGGGAAAAUAUGAUCCUGUGGAUAUGGAUCCUUCUCAUUUUCCAGUUUCAAACCAAGCCAAUGAGUUUUGUUUAGAUCCAGAAUCUCCAUGGACCGGGGGUAAGACUGGGCCGUGGUGGCAAACAACGGAUAAAGAUGAAUUGCCCUUUUUGGUCAUGAAGAAGUCACUUGACCAUAUUGUUAAUUGUGAUCUUCCCCCACCUCAGAAAGUGUAUGUAAGGAGGCACCCAUAUGCUCGUAGUGGGCACAUUGACAAUGAUGAAACAUUGUCAUCAUCUUCUAAUUGGAAGGCCCAAACUAGUAGUAUUUCCAAUAGGACUCAUACAUGGGGCUGUCCUGAUUCUGGAAAAACACAUGGAAAUAAGGCGGACUCAUCUGAAGAGUUUCCAAGAUGUGUUUCUGACAAGUUGUUCAGCAGUUCCAGUACAAAGCAUAUAGAUGUCACAAAGAUGCCCCAAGUUUCUGAAGGUGAUCCUGGCAAAGCUCAGCUGAUGGAAGCACUCUGCCAUUCUCAAACACGUGCAAGGGAAGCAGAGAAGGCAGCAAAGCAGGCCUAUGCUGAGAAAGAGCACAUUCUUAAACUCUUCUUCAGACAAGCUUCACAACUCUUUGCCUAUAGGCAGUGGUUCCAACUGUUAGAGCUAGAAGCCCUUUAUGUCCAGAUUAAAAAUAACGACCAGUCAAUUUCCAGUCUCUUCCCUGUGGUCCUUCCGUGGAUGUCUUACAAAGGUCGGAGAAAGCGAAAGUGCUGGCAGAAGGCUACCAAGGGGAAAAGAGUCAAGCGAGGGCGAGUACGACAUCAUAUCAAAAGGUAUGCUAUUGCUUUUGCACUGGGGAUGAGUCUUGUUGGUGCUGGGUUGUUUCUGGGAUGGACUGUAGGGUGCAUGUUACCUCCUUUCUAGUUUACAAUGUUUCACCCUGCUCCUUUUGAAGAUUGAUUUAUGUAAGCAGCUGUUUUAUUUUUAUUUAUUUUUUAAUGCAUGCAUGUAUCUUUGUAGAUUCUUAAGUUGCCUUAUGUAAAUUCUCCCUUGCA